AUGUCAGACGCAUCAAAGGCCGAUAAGUUGUACAAAUUCCUGCAGAAUCUCGGCCUGCGCUACAGGGUAAUAAAGCAUCCUAAUGUCGUCACAGUAAAGGAUAUGCUCGAGGAACCGACCCUUGCCGCCGUAAAGGACGAUUUUAUCAGAAAUAUCUUCAUGCUCGACUCUUCCAAGAGAUGCUACUUGAUUUCGGCCUUACACGACACUGAAGUCAACUGGAAGGUGUUGAGAAAGCGAUUGAACGUGAACAAGUUGCAUAUGGGCGACGAGAAGGAUAUGGAGCAUAUCCUCGGAGUCUCCAGGGGCUCCCUCUCUCCGUUCAGUCUAAUGAACGAUACAGAGAAUAAAGUACGCCUCCUCUUUGAUAGCCGGCUCAAGGAGAGGAAGGACAUUGUUGCCCAUCCAUUGCAUAAUGAGGAGUCUAUUGUAAUGAGCCUUGAAGAUAUGACCAAGUUUUUGCGUGAAGUUAACCAUGAACCAACGUUCAUGCCCAUGAACGAGCAGGAUGCUGCCGCCCUCGGGGAACCUGUUGCAAAACCAACCGAGGCAAAAUCAGCCAAACAAGCCGCAAAAUCAAACGAUUUGAAUAUUCUAGGAAUCACAGUAAAGAAGGAAGAGAACUUUGCGGAAUGGUUUACACAGGUAAUUGUUCGCGGGGAGAUGAUCGAUUACUACGAUAUUUCCGGCUGCUAUAUAUUCCUCCCAUGGAGUUACUUUAUUUGGGAGAUUUUCCAGAAUUGGUUCAAUGGAGAAAUUAAAAAGAUGGGUGUUGACAACUGCUACUUCCCAAUGUUUGUGUCCAAGGAUAAGUUGGAAGCUGAAAAAAAUCACAUUGAAGGGUUUAGCCCAGAGGUUGCCUGGGUGACACGCUAUGGCGACUCUGAGUUCCAGGAUCCUAUCGCAAUUAGACCAACCAGUGAGACAAUCAUGUAUCCAGAGUUUUCUCGUUGGAUCCGUUCUCACCGUGAUUUACCUCUGAAACUUAAUCAGUGGAAUUCUGUUGUCAGAUGGGAGUUUAAACAACCUACUCCUUUCAUUCGCAGUCGUGAAUUUUUAUGGCAAGAGGGCCAUACAGCUCACUCCACAGAAGAAGAAGCCCUUGAUAUGGUUUAUGGCGCCUUGGAUCUUUAUAAAAGGUUUUACGAGGAGUAUCUAGCUGUUCCAGUUGUCAAAGGUAUGAAGAGUGAAUCAGAAAAAUUCCCAGGCGGUAAAAUGACGACAACUAUAGAGACAUUUAUACCAGCCAAUGGAAGAGGUAUCCAGGCUGCCACUUCCCAUUUACUUGGAACAAACUUUGCAAAACUUUUUGACAUUCAGUUUGAAGAUCAGAAUGGAAAUAAGCAGUUGGUUCACCAGACGAGUUGGGGAUUUACAACUCGUAGCAUUGGCACUAUGCUUAUGAUUCAUGGUGACGACAAGGGUGUGGUACUACCACCAAAGGUUGCCAAGUUGCAAGUUAUUAUCGUACCAAUUAUUAGCAAGAACGCUAAUAAGGAUGGAAUUAUGCAGACAGUAGAUUCUGUAGAAGCUAAACUAAAGACGGCGGGUAUCCGUAUUAGUGUGGAUGAUAGAACAGGAUAUACACCUGGGUAUAAAUUUAAUCACUGGGAACUUAGGGGAGUCCCACUACGUCUUGAAAUUGGAACAAAGGAUGUUGAAAAUAACACAUGCAGACUUGUUAGAAGGGACACUGGUGAAAAGAUUGAUGUGAGCCUCGAUGGAAUAGAUGACACCGUAUCUGACCUUUUGGAUACAGUUCAAAAAACCCUACUAUUAAAGGCUACGGAAACAUUUAACGCGUCAAUAGUCAAGGCGUAUACAUUUGAUGAAGUAAUGCCAGCUCUGAAUUCUGACAAGUUAUUGCUCUUGCCAUGGUGUGAGGAUUCAUCAACGGAGGAUGAGAUUAAGCUUGAAACUCAGAAAUUAUCAGCUCAGAACUUGGGUGGGCGUACCGGCGGAAUGAAGAGCUUAUGCAUUCCAUUGGAGCAACCUGAAAUGCCAGAGGGCACAAAGUGCUUCUGGACUGGUAAGCCAGCAAAGAGAUGGUCCUUUUGGGGAAGAAGUUAUUAA